GUGUUGUUGUGUGCUGUUUGUGUCUGUCUUGUAGUAUCUUUCAUUAAUAAAUUUUGUAGUUAUAUUCUUCAAUUCCAUCAUUAACAAAUAGAUUAUAAGUUUAUAAGAUUGCCUUACACUGUAUGUAAAUAACUACAAAAAGUAAUUAAUUAAUGUGUAAUUUGCAUUUGACUUUGAAGAGAUUAUAAUUUUGUUUUGAAAGUUUGAAGUUUGACGAGGGAAAAUUUUAAAUAAACGGACGUCGUUUUCAUUUUCUUUGCAUGUAUAUUUGUAAAUUCGUAUUAUAUAACAGCCCCAUGCCAAAAUUAUUGGAGUCUAUCAGAUUAUUAAAUAAACAGAAAUUUUUUUGUUUUAUUAAAUUGCCAAAGAUUGCGUUGUGUAAACAAAUUGACCAUUUUGAACAAGUGAUUUGUGUAAAGAAAUCGAUUUCGUUUCUCUUGAACAUUUUGAACAAGUGAUUUGUGAUUGUGACCCUUCAAGAUUUGGGAUCGGCGAAUCUUUGAACAUCUUUUUACUGAUAUAAAAAGAUUACUUUGGUUUCUAUUCUGGGUUUUUAUGUUGAUUCCUGAAGAGUUCAUUUUCAUAAGAUUCGUUCUUGUGUGAGGAGGUCUUAAAGAGAAAUGGAGUUUAAGGAGAUUAGAUCCUCCUCCGUGAUUGAGAGAUCUAUGCGUUAUAAUGGACUGUUUCAACCUCUGCAUCAAGAAAAGCUGAGAGUUGUUGAGAGACAGAACCAACAACCAAAAGGGUUUAUCCAAAACUCAGAUUCUUGUUUCAGAGUGAUUCCGACGAAGGAACUCUGUCGAGUUUAUCUCCAGAAACCCAAUUUGUUGGCUUCUAAAGGUGUAAUUGAUGCACAAGCCAAGCCUCCUCACAGGAAAUUUGCUAGGAGAUAUGAUCAGCAAAACUUGAAGUCGAAGCUGAGACAUCAACAGCAGAAUCAUACAAAUGUUGAUCCUCUGAAACCCAAAAUGGAGAAGAAAGAGAACUCUCGGAGAUAUUUUACUCCUCUUGGUUUCAGUAGUGGUUGUAAUUUGGGAUAUAGGAAGAAAGGGAAAGACUUCUUACUUGAGAAGAAAUCCAAGGAAAUGACUAAGCGUUGUGAUGGUACUACAUUUGGUCAGAAGAAGGAGAGAGUUGUGAGAGAAGUUAAAUCCAGUUUGAUGGUUAGUACAUCUAGGGACAAAGUUGCAGCAGAUGUGAAGUUCAGAGAGUUAUCUUCUUCAGGUUUCAUCAGCAAGGAUAAAAACGAUGAUUGCUCCAAUCCAUCUCCUGAAUGUCAAACGAACUCAGAAGAAGCUCAUCAACCUAGUCCUGUUUCUGUUCUGGAGCCAAUGUUUUCCGAAGAUAUCUUAGACGACUGUGACGAACUUCCAUAUCUCGAUUCUUCAAGUCUAGAGAGACAGCUCGAGACCCUGAAAUCUGAAUCUGAGAGUUAUUCAGAUGGUAGUGGGAUGGAAGUAUCGAGCGAUGAGGAGUCUGUCCAUGGUUCUGAAAUCAAAGAAAGCAAAGACAUUGAACAAGUUGGGUUCUUGGAUACCCAACAAAGCAGGGACUCUUACAUUGAUGAUAUCUUGACUGAAGCUGUACAAGGGAACAAGAAUUGGGUUCCUGAAAAACGGGAUUUAGCCAUCAGCCCCAAGAUCUUUGAGAAACUCGAGAAGAAGUAUUACACAGAGACAUCUUGGAAGAGGUCUGAAAGAAGGAUUUUGUUUGACAGAGUCAAGUCAGGUCUGGUAGAGAUUCUAGAAUCUUUUUCAGCUACACCAACAUGGAAGAAACUCGUUUCUAGGCGGCUUGGCACUGCACUAAGCACACGUGCACUGAAACAAGAACUCUGGAAAGUACUUGCUAGGCAAGAGAAGCGAGCCAAGAAAGAAUCAUUGGCCAAAGUGCCAGUCAUAGACAUUGAUGAGUGGUUAGAACUUGAAGCAGAUGAUGAGUCGGUGGUUUGUGAAUUAGAAACUAUGUUAGUGGACGAGUUGUUGGCUGAGGUUGUUGUCAGCUUCAUGUAGGGUGUAGAGUGAUUCUUUUCAUUCUUUUUCGUUUUACAUUGCAUUCUCUGCAAUUUAUUAAGAAUAGAAAACAGAGUGGUAGUUGCAUUUGGCUUGCAUCAUCAAAGGGAGAUGUAUAGCAUUUGAGGAAGUUGUGUAUACAAAUAGUUUCUUUUUUCAGGUCUAGGAUUGGCCUCUUAGCAAUUCAGUCACAUUGCUUCAAAAGCUUAUUGUGACUUGUACCCAUUUUUGAAAGUGUUUCAACAAGUUUUUUUGUGUGAAUGAAACAGGAAUUUGAUUGAAA